AUGCCGAAGAAGGGAGGAAAGAAGAACAAGUCCAAGGCCAGGUCGAGCGGUGCUGCCGCCGCCGCUGCUGCCGCGAACAAGCCUACCGAGGCCCAAACCCCUGUCGUCGUCCAGGGCAAUGGCAUCUCGGAAACCCCUAUCCAGAGCGAGGGACCCGCGACAACCGUCGCCGAUACCAAGGAUGCGGAUGCGGUGACGGCGGAGGGUGCUUCCACCACGCAAGAUGCCGCCGACAAGGCCAAGGUCGGUGUCGAACAGGAGGGAACCACUACUGUGCCCGGAACCGCCGCGCAGGAACCUACCGUGACGUCGGAUGCCGCGGCUGCCUCGACGUCGCUCCCCGAGCGCAUCAAGGAGCCCAGUGCGGAGGAAGUGAAGACCACCACCGCGCAGCCCACCGCCGCCGCGAGCGCCGCUGAGACCCAGCCCCAGGUGGUCCCGGGCCUCGGUGCGGACCCGCGCGACAACGGACCGGCGCUGCAUGUGCCGGGUCUGUCCGCGACGGAGGAAAAGGCCGCCAGCGCUGCCGUCCCCAGCACAUCCGCACAGACCGUGGCCGCCGAGACGGCCGCCCCCACGGGCGCCUCCGCCGCUGCCGGCCAGCUCGACGCCAAGAAGACCGAGGCCCCCAAGCCGCAGCCCCAGCCCGUCCCGGCUACGGCCCCCAUCCCGGCCGCCACCAGCCCCACCACGGCCACCACGGCGCCGUCGGGCGCGGCCGAGCCGACGGGCAAGGCCCCUGCCAGCGUGACCCCCGCGCCUGCUGCCGCCAAGCGGUCGUCGCUGGACCAGGCCAAGUCGGAGCUGAGCCAGCAGGCCCAGGCCGCGGACGAGAAGACCCAGGCUGCUGCUGCGCAGCCCACGCAGCCCACCAAGGGUAAGGCCGCCGGCGAGCCCCAGGUGGCCGCUGCGGCUGCGGGUGCGGCCACGGCGCCCCCGGCCGCGGUGGCUCCGGUCAAGGAGACCGCUGCGAAGGACCCCGCCCGCGCGGCUGCCCAGGAGGCGGCCAAGAAGGACGCGAGCAAGGAGGCCGCCAAGGAGACCGCGCAGCCGGAGACGAGCAAGACCGCCACCCAGGGCACUGCCGCCCAGGGCGCCUCCACUCAGGAGACCACCUCCGCCCCGGAGGCCACCAAAGCCCAGCCCUCCGAGCAGAUCCAGAAGCCCGAGGAGGCCAAGACCCGCGAGCCGCAAGUCGGCCAGGAGGCCGAGCAGGCCGGCCAGAAGCCCGAGGAGGGCAAGUCCCUGCAGGAUAAGGCUCAGGAGAUGGCCAAGGCCGAGGUGAACAAGGCCCAGGAGAAUGCCAAGGACACGGCCAAGGCCGACAAGCGCAAGAGUGGGUUCUUCGGCUGGCUCAAGCGCAAGUUUAAGUGA